AGCGCGGCGCGGAUGUGUGUUCUGCAGGGGAUUCCCCCCCAUUCGAACCUCUCGACACAUUUAGUGCAACCAUGGUAACGAUUGUUGUCACAUCGGGGGUUCCCACGUCUGCUGGUCUUAUCGGGUGGUAGCAUGAACUGACGUCACCGCGUGUACCUGCAGCCAUGGCCAAGACCAUUAGCCUGAUUGGUCCCAGGCACUCACUUGUGUCGUCACGCAAGGAGCUCAGUGUGUUAUGUGGCCAGCCGCUCUGCCCGGCUGGCUUACGUCUUGUCUCGACUGGAGUACCUUCAUGAGCGAACCUCUUAGGAUCCUAAAGAUUUGUUGUGUGGUCGCGAAUUUUGUUUGUGCGGCGCUGACACAAGAAAUUGCGUUGGAUAGUGUUGUUAAUAACAAUACCUGUUCAGUGAUGAAGUGUUGUGAAGUGUUGAGUCGAAGUGGAUCUAGUUGCCUACUUGGAGACAAAGCACAGUGAUUACUUUCAAACUAUAUCGGGCAGCAAUGGGAGUGUAUAAACAUCGCGUGGACACGCGGAUAAAAUUCGUUGACAACAGGACUAGACGCCAGUGCAACGCCAUCUGAAGUACAUUAACUGAAUCACAUCACGAGUUAUUAACACAACAAUGGAUGUUGUACCCAGCGCCCCUAGUGACUUGGGAAUGGAACAAAAACAACUGCUACUUCCUUAAUUAACUCAAAAGAUGUUAUCUCAAACGCAAACACAUCUCUCUCGUCACAGAUUAGUGAAAACGAGCCUCUGAUUUCAAAUUACGUCACGAUUAGCCACCCCGGUUCUCGUAUGCUGGGGUCGUGAGGGCGUUGGAACCGACGCUUCCUGUUCGACGCCUCAGCACAGGCGCUCAUUAGCAUUUGUGACUGUCGACAGAAUUAUCUCCGAGAUAUUCCCGUAGUUAUCAGUGCCAUUGACAAAUGAGAUAAUUCAUCUGUGAUAGGAUACCGAACCUAUCUGCACACGCUAUCGUUGAGUGCAAGUUAUCUUCGGAUAAUCACAUAGAAUUAAUCUGUAAUAUAUAAUAUUCCGUUUUCUAGGUCUGACAGAAGGAAUUUAAAGGAAUUGAAUUGUUCCUCACGUUUGCAAUUAUUUUAAUUUCUGUAUGUACAUGCUGAUCACGCACGCUUUUGUCGGUUGGUGUCUUCUGUAAAUAAGUCUGAUAAGUGUAAACGGGAGUGACAGCGAGGAUUACAUCGAGGAAAAGAGGAAUAGAACGUGAAAACAAAGCAAAAUUCCGACCGUCAUUACGAGGUUCCUAUAAGCCAAAGAAAUUGAGUACCUUUAAAAGUGUUUUUUUUUUGUUCCAUAAUUUCCUAUACGAAGAAACAAAACGCUUGCAAGAGACUGCUCAGCAGCUGUGCAUUUGUAAGCGGGAAUCGUUGCAACACUGAGACGGCACCUGUCCUCUCCACUGGGACUCUGGGAAGAUGGAGUGUUUCUGUGUGAAAAGUGCGCCGCAUAACGUUCCAGAGCGUGUACCCGUGUCGUGCAAGUCAGGGGCACGAAUCCCUUCUGAAUGAGACGAAACAGCCGUGGAGUAGGGCCCACCGACGUUAAACAAUGGGUCCACAUUGUUGCUGUCACGAGAGGCCCAGAGCAUGCUCGGCCGCAGUCCGUGUCCACAUUCUACCUCAACAUUCGCUGCUGGUGUGCCCAGUAAAGUCAAGGGAACGCAGACUUCACUGCGACCUAUCGAUCACUCAUCCAAUCAAUCAUCUGGCAGUGCAAUAUAAUUUAGACUGACGUGAUAAGUAUCAGACGCGCCGUGAAAGCGCGGAAGGCAGUGAAUCAUAGCAGUUAGGCCAGCACCGACGACGUAUGGAGGGCAGUAACGUUACCAUAGCAACGACAAUUACCACUGUCUUCUCCGGGCUCCGGCCAUCCUCAACCCCGCCGCCCGCCCCAUGGUUCCCCGGCCCCGACUCUCACUACAGCCCCGUGGAGGCCGUUAUCAUCGCGCUCGUCUUGCUGUGCGUCACUAUAGGCACCGUCGUGGGGAACAUCUUGGUGUGCGUGGCGGUGUGUCUGGUGCGCAAGUUGCGGAGACCCUGCAACUACUUGCUGGUCUCGCUCGCCGUGUCGGACCUCUGCGUCGCGCUUCUCGUUAUGCCCAUGGCUCUCCUGUACGAGAUCCUGGGCCGCUGGAGCUUCGGCCCCGUGGUCUGUGACCUCUGGGUCUCAUUUGAUGUGUUGUCCUGCACGGCGUCUAUCCUCAACCUCUGCAUGAUCAGCGUCGACCGGUACUACGCCAUUACGAAGCCGCUGGAAUACGGCGUCAAGAGGACGCCUCGUCGGAUGAUCGCCUGUGUGUCACUUGUGUGGCUGGGCGCCGCCUGCAUCAGCCUGCCGCCUCUCCUCAUCCUGGGCAACGAGCACGGGCAGACCGAGACAGGCACCUCGCAGCAGUGCAUCGUGUGUCAGAACUUUGGUUACCAGAUCUACGCCACGCUGGGCUCCUUCUAUAUCCCUCUGACUGUGAUGAUCAUUGUGUACUACAAGAUAUUCAGGGCGGCCCGCAGGAUCGUGUUAGAGGAGCGCAGGGCCCAGUCGCACCUGGAGACGCACAGUUACUUGGAGAUCAGCGUCAAGAACGGAGGGGGCCCUCCAGAAACCAGAGUGGCAAGUACAGCCUCGUCACCAGCUGUGGCUUCCGCAGCUCGCGUGCAGCACCAUCGCACCAGCACCACCAGCACCACCACCACUUGCAGUGGCAACACGAGGUGCUUCUCGACUUCCUCUGCGCCGCGACGCUCCAAUGAAUCCCAGUGUCCGAUUCUGCACCAGCAUGGCGCCCGGCAGGGUGGUGCCGCCAAGAAGAACAGCGUCGGCAAGUUCAUGAGGAAGAAGGCGGGCGGCAGGAACCACAACUCCUCAGCCGUGCCCUGCAUGACGCUUUCUCACCACAAGAAGCUGCGGUUCGCCCUGGCCAAAGAGCGCAAGGCCUCCACCACCCUGGGCAUUAUCAUGAGCGCCUUCACCAUCUGCUGGUUCCCAUUCUUUGUCCUCGCCCUCGUCAGGCCCUUCCUGAGGAACGAUCCAUCGCCCAUCCCCCCGUCCCUGUCCAGCCUCUUCCUCUGGCUGGGCUAUGCCAACUCCCUUCUGAACCCUAUCAUCUACGCCACCCUGAACAGGGACUUCCGGAAACCGUUCCAGCAGAUCUUGUUCUUCCGGUGCGGCUCCCUCAACCACAUGAUGCGAGAGGAGUUCUAUCAGUCUCAGUACGGAGACCCAGAGCAUCACUAUUGCGUCAUCAACAGCAGCCAGCAGUACCAGACGGCUCGGGACGGGGAGGAUGUGGAGGAGACGGUACCGGGAGUCGAACCUGAGCACACCACUUCCGGUGCAUCGCCGCGCGCCGACGAGUCGUUCCUGUGAUACUCUGACUGACUGGCUUCCGAAAACCCCCUGAGUCCUCAUUUCAUCACAUCUGUUUGUGCCUGUUGGAACACCCCCCCCCCACCCUGGCCCCGUACUCUACGUCGCACCAGUGACUUCUCAUUAAACAUUACUCAUUUGCUUUUGUUCGUUGCCAUGGAGACCGACUUACUGUGUAGCAUAAUAAUGACGUCACGUCUUGCUUUCUAUUUUGUUUCGUAGUCUUAAUACAUCUGCUCGUAAGGAAUGUUACUUGUGACGCUCAUGCAGGUACCGUGCAUAUACACCGCGAUCAGUUUGUCUGUCUGCUGGCACUUGUUGCACUUCACGCACAAAUUCGUUUCCAAUUAGUGUGCACUCUCUGUUUGCACCUGUGCAAACCGUCACGAUUGGUUUGAUGUAAAUCCUUCUGAACAGAACGGAAACAGAAUUUUUUGUAAGAUCUGAGUUCUUCAGGUGUAUAGAACCCAUACUGUGUUGUUCUGGAAUUCGUUUAGUUUGGUAGGUACCUACCAACGUUUUGCAGGAAUCUGCUGCCUCCAUCUUCAGGGUUCAGCCACGACGGUGAAGACGGUAUGUUCCUCUGAAACGUUGGUACCCACGGACCUGACUGCAAGAUGUCGUCGCUGCGUGCAAGAGCAAAUAAACAGAACCCAUCCAAAAGAAGCUUUAUGCCUUUAGAGGCUCCUUAAAAAUAGAACUAGAGAUGUGACGUCAGCACUUGCAUGAUUACCGGGCAGGGAGCGCCAGCUACAAGCAUUGUUUGCACGCAAAAAGAAAUCCACUCUAUUCCAAUCAGCAAGCUGAAUGUCAGUGUUUAUACCGAGCCAUGGAUUCUGAAAUGUCUGCUUGAAACAGCGAUGAUAAACAUCAAUAUCCCAUACCCGUGGCGGGAUUCGAGAGUACUAUCGCAACAUUCGCCAGAUGAUCUGAGGCACGCUUGGUGUAGGGGCGCAGGACCUCAUGUCACUUUCCUUCUAGGUCACUUCCUGCAGGAGGAAAAUGGCGCUCACCGAUAAACAGAGAUAUUAAACUUGUUCUGCAACUGAGCAGCAUCCGGUAGGCUCUCUGACUGGCCCAAUGGAUCUCAGCUGCUCGUGAAAUUAUUGCUCCGUUACUCAACAAAUUCUCCAACUUUCAUGGAACGUUAGGGUUCAUUACCAUGCUCACAAAAGCCUGUCAAUAGAUGUUAAACCCCAUUUCUUCGCACAACACACCGAAACCAGAAUCUCGAAGCUUUCUACGCGUGACGUCUAGCCGCCCCCCCCACUGACAUCUUCAGCCUUGCAAGUGUUAUUGGGUGUUCCUGCCUCUGGCAAAACGUAGAGUACAGAUAUCCUCCGACGGCAGUUUACCCCAGUGGUUUGCAAUGUGUGGGGCGUGCCCUCCAGGAAAGUAUAGUUAUAUAGUAAAAAACAGAAUUCAUUGCAAUUCUGAGACCGCUUGUCCAGUUUCGUGCAUUUGUAAAUUCUCGAUAAAUGUGACUUCUUGCUAAAAGCCUUUUGUAUGUAAAUUUUAAACACACACACACACAAAAUGAAGGGCAAACGGAACUGUUCUUUAGACGCACAGAAAGUGUCAAGCAAGGGUCACGAUGCAACAUUUGAUAAGAUGACGUUGUCUAAAGUUUGGAAACCACUGGCAGGCAACGCAAAGGCCAAAUAGUGACGAUGAACGGAGGCCUAAGUCUAUUCUUUUGUAGAAAAUUUUCUCAGGUAACUUCUAUGAGUGUUGUUUUCUUGAGAACUCAAACGCUUCUCCUGUGGGCCUUGUGAUUGGCCCGUCUAGCGCGCACUGCGCAGUCUCCAGUAGCGGCCAUUUGCUUUGACUCUGACGAACAGAUGUUUGUUAGUGGCGUUACUUGACGUUCCUGUGACUUCUACUCGUGUCUGUACAAAUGGAAAGUUCAAUGAAUAUUUUAUACUUAGAUAUGACAGUGAUUAAUGACGUUUGAUGAUCCUGUCAUUAUAUCUGCCAUGCAUACACAAAAAAGGAAAAGGAGGAACAUGUUCAUUUCCAAACCGUACAUUUCCUUUGCUCGACCGCCUUCACGAAAUGCAAGCGAUGUUUUAAACGUUAGUAGGGUCUAUUGUGGGAGCCGCGAUGGCUCAGUCGGUAUAGCGACUGGCUACGGGCUGGACGACCGAGAGGUCGGUGUUCGAGUCCGGGCGUGAA